AACGCACAUGAACUCCCUGGCAUACCUCUCUCGCCAGUUCGAUGUACUGGCCUCGCCCCGGACGCCACCCUCCACGCCCACGCUUGAGACUGUUCCUCUGCUAGCAGACGAGGAUGCAGCGUCGCUCAAGCGCGUCCGGACCUGGUCGAAUAAGUCCCUCGCGAGUGCAGGAGCCGUUGAGAGUGCUUCUUACUCUCCAUGGAACCUCAAACGAUCAUAUUCGUCCCCGAACGUCCAGCCUGGUGAGCCCUCGUCCCCUGCUGUCCCUCCAUCGAUUUCGAAGAGUACCUCUGUCCCCGCGGCUGCCACUCCAAGACCAUCGUCCCGCCGUCCAUCGAUGUCUUCAUCCGAGAAAGCUCUUCGGCCCAAGCUGCGUUCCGAGAGCUUGUUUCACCGCAUAUGCUUUGUCCACGUCCUCUUUGCACUCUGGCACUAUCUCUGCAAUGUGUGGCGGUCAAUACGAGGCAGGGUCGGCCUCGUCGCGGAACACGAGGCUGCUGCGGAGGACGUGAGCGACGACGAGGACAAGGAGACGGAGGACGAGUCCAAGGACGAGAAGCCCGUCACAAUACAGGUCGAGCAGCCGCCGCCAAUACCGCCGCCAAUCCUGCCGGCGGUGCUCACGGCUCCGCUCGUGCAUCGCUCGACCUUUGACACACUCGCGGACAUUAAAUCACCCCUGCCUGACUCGUCGCUACCGCCCGCUGCCGCCGUUGCACCCUUGACUGCUGCCGCACGCGCAGUUGAGCACUCGCGCACGCCGACGCCGACGCCUGGUGGGCGCAAGAUGCCGUUGCACCUGCUACCUAAAACGCUCGUACUAGACCUCGAUGAGACGCUCAUUCACUCGACGUCGCGCCCGAUGUACUCCCAGGGCAUGGGUUCGAGCGUUUUGAACAGCUUUGGGAUCGGGCAGCGGAACAAGGGCUCAGGGCACACUGUCGAGGUUACCCUUGGUGGCCGCAGUACAUUGUACCACGUCUACAAGCGGCCCUUUGUUGACUACUUUCUCAGGAAGGUUUCGGCCUGGUACACACUCGUUAUAUUUACGGCAUCUAUGCAAGAGUAUGCCGAUCCUGUCAUUGACUGGUUGGACGCUGGGAGGGGUAUCCUCGGCCAACGUUUCUUCCGCGAGUCGUGCACGCAGCUACCGAAUGGCUCAUAUACCAAGGACUUGGCGGUAAUCGAGCAGGAUCUCUCCCGCGUCUGUCUAGUAGACAACUCGCCGAUAUGUUACAGCAUCAACGAAGCGAACGGCAUCCCCAUAGAAGGCUGGAUUAAUGACCCGCAUGACGAAGCCCUCCUUGACCUGCUCCCCGUGCUCGACUCGCUCCGCUUCACGAAUGACGUACGGCGCGUGCUCAGCAUUCGUGGAUUCCUCUCAUGACACCCGCCCUGGACCUUGCCCCAGCGACGGCAAGGCCCGCCGGGAAGACGCUAUUCUUUGACUGCAGCACACGAACACUCGUAUUUUUUCUCUUCCUUUCUUACUGGGCGGUAUCAUCCUUCUUGUAUCGCGUGUUGCUCUCUGGGUCGCCCACUGGCUCCGUCGUUUCUCUAAUUUACUAGCUGUCAGCCGUACAUAAAUCUUUUGCAUCUCCACCACACCGCAAGUACCACACACAUGCAUAGCACGUACACAGACUCCUCGUCUUCGUUGUCGUCGUCGUUUCCUUUCUUGCAGCGGAUUGGGCUAAUUAUUCACCUCAUAUUGUCCUUUGUACAGAUCCUCGGUUGUAUAUCAGAGUUCC